AUGGGUUGUGGAUCAUCUAAACUAGAACAUGUCGGAGAUGUAAUAAUGCUACCAGCAAAGAUACGACCAAUGAUAGUACGAAAAGUGGAGGAGAUUAAAAGGCAUGCCAGGAACUCGAUAGGCUCUGUCACUUCAAGGAAAGAGCUUCUAAAUGACACCAGCGGAUACCAUCGUUGUGACUUCUAUGUUGACAGCAGCAGAGGAUCCUCCACCACCAUGAAUGAUAAUAGCCUCAAACGUUGUGAAAAUGCAUUGUCGUCAUCAGAACAGUGCGAGGAAUUCAAAGAUGCGGUGGAGAAUCUAUCAGAAACACCUAUUAUUGGGUCUCCCAAAGCAAAGACACCAAUAGAGUUUGAGGAUAAGGUUAAUAAGGUAGCGGCGGAGUUUCUUGCUUGGAGCGAGAUGAGAGCUGAAUCAAAGAAUUAUAUGGAGGAAGAGGAGAUAGAGGUGGUAGAGGAUGAAGAGGAAAAUAGUGAAGGUGAAGAUCUUAGACAACGACGAAUAUGCCCCGGGUCCCCAAGUUUCAGGGUGUACUACGUAGAGUCAUUGGCUUCGACAAUCAAGGAUGAUGGCAGCUUUGCAGAGUUGGAUAAUGAGAUCGAGAAUGAAAGACAUAAGGAAGUAGAGAAGAAAAGGGACUCUGAUAUGAUACCAGAGGAACUUGUAAAACACAAAAAGGGGAUAAUGAGAACGAUGAGGAAGCAAGGAGGAAAAUUGAAAAGGGUAAUAAUAACCAAGCCAAAAUCAAUGACCGCCACCAAAUUGCUAAAGGUGCCAUCAUGUGCAGGAAAAUCUACAAAACGAAUUGAAACUUCAAAACCAAAAUUUUGA